AUGAAUUAAUAUGAACAAAUUAGACCUAUAGUAUUUUAAAAAGCUCCUGAAGUAAAAUAGAUUAGAUCUAAUUCAUUAGCUAUUCGUUCAUCUCCUUUCAAAUAAUAAUUUGAUUAGCCUUUAGAUUUUUAAGUAAAUUCAACUUCAAAUCAGAAUAACCCACAUUUUAAAGAAAGAAAUAAUUAGAAAAAGCUAUAAGUGAGUGAAUCAUGUUCAAGUAAUAACAAAGAAAACUAAUUUUCUGCAAAAAAAAUCUCCUUUUUAGUUGAUGAAACUUCAUUUUUAAAAUAAAGAAUUAAACAACUUGAAAAUCAAAAUACAAAUUAUAUGACUGAAAACAAAAAAUUGGCUCAUGUAUUAGAUUAACAAAUUUAAUUAAAUUAAUCACUUUAAGAACAAUAAAAGUCUAAAGAUUAAAUAAUAAAAAAAUUGGAAGAUGUAUAAAAAAUGAAUAAAAAUUAAUUGUAAAAUAAUACUGAAAUAAAACAAAUAAAUGAUUAAUUAGUAAUACAGAAAAAAGUAAUAAAUGAUUUAGAAGACUAAUUACAAAUUAUUAUAAAAGAAAAAUAGAAAUUGAGUGAAGAAAAUGACAAAUAUUAAUUUCAAGAUUAACAAAUGAAAAUAAAUUUGGAAAAGUAUAGAAGUAGAUGUUCAAUUUUAGAAAGCAAAGUAAAAUAGAUACAGUAAUAAAAAUAAGUAUUUUUAGAGAUGAAUCAAAAUGUUCAGAAUUGCAAAGAAAAAUUAAAAAGUAAAAUGAUCAAAUAGAGUAAUUGUAGAAAGAAAACUAUGAUAUUAAAUAACAAUUGAAUUUAAAUAAAAAUUUUACUUAAAUUCAACCAGAAGAUAUAUUAUCAUCUUAAAAUAUGUAAUAAAAUUUAUUAUAUUAUAGAGAGAAAUUUAAGGAAAACAUAUUAGAAUUAGAAUGUGAAAAUAAAUAUUUAUAAUAAGUCAUAGAGAUUGAUUAGUAAAAAAUGAAUAAUCUAGAAGAAAAACUUAAUUUAUUAAAAAAAGAAAAUUAAAGAUUGACAGAGAUUGUGAAAAAUCGCCACAAAUAAUGA